AAAACCCAAACAACGCACAAGUCAAAAGUGCGGGGGCGACCAUUCCUUCUUACAUAAACACGAUUACACCUACCCGUUGAAACUAAAGAAACAUAGACACAGACAGAGACACAUACAUUCAUACACUUUAUCCAGAUCUGUAAUAACCAAGACAAGCCAUGGAAGAAGCAGCAGCAGUAGAGAAGCUGGUUAACAAACUCAGCUCCGUGUCCGAACAGACCCGAAUCGAGUCUCUCUGCGAGCUCCGUCUCCUCUCCAAAUACGACCCGGAAACCCGACCCGUUAUCAUCUCCGCCGGCGCCGUCCCUUACAUCACCGAAUCUCUCUACUCCCCCUGUCCCGUUUCCCAAGAAAACGCCGCCGCCACGCUGUUAAACCUCUCUAUCCACGACCGCCGUCCCGUCAUGUCCUCCGCCGCGGGCCUCCUCGACGCGCUCUCCCACGCGCUGCGUAACCCCACCAGCGCCGCCGCCGCGCAGUCCACUUGCGCUCUUUUGUUUAGUUUGUUGAUGGAAGAGGAGUACCGGCCUGUAAUUGGGUCGAAAAGAGAUAUAAUUUACGCGUUGCUUGAUUUGAUUAGGAACACUAGGUCGCAUCCCCGGUCGGUUAAGGAUGCGUUGAAGGCUUUGUUUGGGGUUUGUUUGUGGAGAGGGAAUCGAGGGAGUGUGAUCGAGCUGGGGGCUGUUCCGGUUUUAUUUUCAUUGGUUAUGAAGGAUGGGAGGGUGGGGAUUGUGGAGGAUGUCACCGCGGUGAUUGCUCAGGUUGCGGGGUGUGAGGAGGCGUGGGAGGAGUUUGGCAAGGUUGGGGGAGUCGGUGUGUUGGUUGAUUUGUUGGACUUGUCGACGGGAUGUAGUGAUAGGAUCAAGGAGAAUGCUGUCUCGGCGUUGUUGAAUUUGGUGGAGUAUGGGAACGAUGAGGUUGUGGAGAGCUUGAGGAGGAGUGUUGGCGCGGGUUUGUUUGAUGGGAUUGCUGAGGUUGUCAAGAAUGGGAGUGUUAAGGGCAAGAGUAAGGCUGCUAAGUUGCUCAAAUUGCUUCACUCUGAUCACCUGGAUUCUUCGUUUGAAAGUGUGUCUUCGACGUAGAUUGGUGAGCAUUGUAUUGUAUAAAUUUGUGCUGUUAAAUGUAGAGUAAAUAAUUGACAAACCAGGUUAUAAAUUUAUAUACUUGAGAUGUAAGCUUAGAAAAUUUUAUAGUCUGUUCUAUGAGCAAAGGAACAAUUCCUCAA